CUCUGGUCUUUUCAGCCACAAAUCUCCCACCCAGUUGUCCCAAGAUAAUUAAAUAUUAAUUCCAGUCUGACGUGUCACUCUGUCUUUGCCCUUUUUGCACUUUAGUUUCUAAAAAAAACAUUAUUUUAGUAUCCUUAAACUUCACAAAAGUCCGCUAUUUCUCUCUCAAAGUUUCCCGGCUGUACCGACUCUCGGUUGCCGUCAUCGCCGCCUGUCUCCGCCAGCUUAAACCCGGUUUCUGUUUAAUUUCCGGUGAUCGGAGCUCUGUUUGUUUGGUGCUUUUGGGUAUUAUAGUUCGGAUCUUUGUUAUCUCCGGUUGAGUUUAAAUUUCGGGUCGGAUCGGAUCCAUCAUGGUUGUGGAUCAAAGAGAUGGUUCACGUUCGGGUAAUAACGGUCGACUCGAAGAUCGGUUAUUGGCUGGAGAAGACUAUGCUCUAAAGGCUCGAAAACCGUACACGAUCACAAAACAAAGGGAAAAAUGGACCCAAGAAGAGCACAAAAGGUUUCUUGAAGCUCUAAAGUUGUACGGACGAUCAUGGCGACAGAUCGAAGAACAUGUGGGCAACAGAACCGCGGUUCAAAUAAGAAGUCAUGCUCAAAAGUUUUUUUCCAAAGUGGUUCGCGAGUCGAGCCAAGGAACAGAGGGGGGACCCAUUGAGAUCCCCCCUCCUCGGGCGAAGAGGAAACCAACACGCCCUUAUCCUCGUAAAGUGUCGGUUCCCUUAAAGAAAGGGGCUGCUUUUCAUGAUUUGUCAAGAUCAAAUCAUGAUAACAUGUCCCCGAGUUCGACCCAAAGUCUAAAGCUUUUUGGGAAGACGGUUUUUGUUGCGGGCUCCACCAGACCGGUGUCUACAACAUUACCAUGGAACUCAAUGCCUACUUUAGCACCCGAGUGUCCUAGGACGCGUAGUUUGAGUGGUUAUGGGGAUUUGUCAUACCGCAUUCUGCAAUCAAGUGGUCGGAUUGAACCAACGACACAAUAUUGCUCGCUAGAUAGCGAAAAUGGCGAGUUUGGUGACAAAGUAGAAAGAUAUGCAAAGGGGUUUGUAGCAUACAGGAGGUGUUUGGCAGAGGAGAGUAGUGUGUUAACAGGUGAAGAGAGAGAAGAGCGAAGAGUGAGGCUUUGCUUGUAGACUUGUGUGUGUGAUUGUAUUUUCAAAUUUUGUUUAUCUUAUAAUGAGUUUGCAUAACCAGGUUAAAUAUCAUGUUUUUACUUGUUAAAAAAUGAAAUACAUUACUUAUCU